AGUUUCUACUCCGCCUCUAGUCCGCAGGAUUUGACCGCCGUGGCGCCGCAUCUGGAAAAAAUCCAAAACCGAGUCAGAGAGCUACUCCUCGAGUACGAAGCGCACCCUGCGCUGGUGAACAUUCAAAAGCAGGUGAGCCGGAUGUUCCGUUUGAGUCUGCUGCAAACCCCCGCGAUCCAUGUACUCACGCACUUGGAACUUCUGCGCGACAAGUGCCAAUUCUGGGAGGAGGUCGCGGCGUCCUUUGUGUCGCUGAAGCCGUUGCUCGUCGGGGUCGAGAAGCUGAUCGUGGAAUUGCGAAUGCGGCAGGUGAGAGACUGGCGACUCUUGCGCGAAAACCGCGAGAGCUACUGGCAACAGAAGGGCACGAUAUGGCUGUUACGAUUGGUGAAGCUGGUCUCGGGGUAUUUCUCCAGUGACAGAAAUUCGUCGAAGCCGGGGUCGU